AUGAAUAAUCAAAAUGCUGCGGCCACGCUGCUGCAGGAGUGCAAGGAAGCUCUGGACACACUCCUGUCAGCCAGGGCUGACACAGGCCAGGAAGAUGAGCAGGAGUACCAGCGGUGCCAAGCUUUGCUUCCCGCAGACUUGAGGACCCUUCUGGAGGAAGCAAAGGAAAUGAAGUGGCCCUUUGUGCCAGAGAAGUGGCAGUACAAACAAGACCUCGGCCCAGAAGACAAAACAAAUCUGCAAGAUAUGAUCAGCCUGAGGCUCCCUGAUUUGCUGGUGUAUUUGAAAGCCUCCAUCAUGGUCAAGGACUGUGUGACGGCUGCCGCGAUUGUGUUCCUGAUUGACCGGUUCCUGUAUUGGAUUGAUGCCUCCAGCAAACUCCUUCAGGUUGCCAAGGGUCUCCACAGGCUCCAGCCCACCACGCCCAUCAGCCCCCAGGUGCUCAUCCGCCAGGCUCGCCUCUCCCUCAACACAGGCAAACUUCUAAAAGCUGAAUACAUCCUCAGCAACCUUAUUAAUGACAAUGGAGCAACAGGUACCUGGCGAUACGCUAAGGAAAGCGACAGGAUCCUCGUUCAGUCAGUCUGCUUACAAAUCAGAGGGCAGAUUCUGCAAAAGCUUGGGAUGUGGUAUGAGGCAGCAGAGUUGAUUUGGGCUUCAAUUGUGGGAUAUUUCAAACUUCCUCAACCAGAUAAGAAGGGAAUUGCUACUUCCUUGGGUAUUAUGGCAGACAUCUUUGCUUCCAUGAAUGAGAAGGAUUAUCUACGCUUUAAAACAAAUGCUGAGAUUGACCUGAGCCUUCUCCAAGAGUUCGAUCAUCGCUUAUUAUCAGCAGCUGAGGCCUGCAAGCUGGCAGCAACCUACAGCCAGUACACCCCACUGUUUGUCCUCACAGCUGUAAACAUCCGUGGGGUGUGUUUGCUGUCUUACAGUCACUCCAGGGACUGUCCCUCAGAGAAGAGGAAGUUCUACCUGUCUGAAGCCAAAGAAUCCUUUGAGAUUGGCCUCCUCACCAAGGAUGGGAACAGUCCCAUCACCAGCAAACAGGAGCUCCAUAGUUUUAUUAAAGCAGCUUUCUGCCUCACAACUGUGCACCGAUGGCUCUAUGGGGAGAGUGAGAAACUCCAUGAGGUGUCCCAGCUCUGUAGAGAAGCCAUGGAAAAACUGCACUUGUACAGCAGAUUGUUUACAGAAGAGGAAGGGAAAGAAACGCUUGCCAAAGAGAUCAUGGCUCUGAUCACCUCUGUGAAGAAGCACCUGCAAGUAGAAAGCUUCCCUAAUUCUGAUCCCAGGUCUUAUGUUCCCAACAGUUACAAAGGCACAGUGGAAAAACCUAUCCUGCAGCGGGAAGUUGACUUUGAAAAAAUCCUUGCCAUGCAUUCCCAGCAUCAUCUGUCCGUGUGCAAAGUGUUUGAAAACACCUGCAGGAUCCAUAAAACUGCACCAGGAGAAAGCCAGGUGGGAGCUUGUGUCACAACCCUAAGGACAGAGACCAAAACCGUGGACACCGUGUGUCCUACUGAAGAACGAGCCUGCCAGAGGAGAGGUGCUGCCAAAAUGCUGGACUCACCAACAGGAGGAAGUAGCUCAGAGAGACUCAGGAGCCAAAGAGAUAAAUCCAUCAGCUCUGUUGCAAUGAAAAUUUCCUGUGAUGAGGAGAUUGAGCCAUUAGAAAUAAAUGAUGUGAACAGUGCUUUCAGCAGGUGGCAAAACAGGAGUCAGACCACUACUUCAGAAGGCUCUUGGUGCAAGCUUUCCAAAUCAAGCUCCUCUUCCAGCUGGGAGGAACUAAACUGUAAGAGUGGCAAAGAGAGUCCCAGGGAAGGGCAGCAGCAGGGGAAGGGCUCAGUGGAGGAGCAGUGUUGCACAACAGAAUCUGCUGAAAACAGUCAGGCUGCACACUUGCACUCAUUACCUCCCAGAGCUUGGCCUCCACCUCCUCAAAAGCCUUUGCAUAGCUCUUGGAGACCUCCUCAGCCAUCCAUCAGUAUGCCUCUAGCUGGGAGGCUGGUAGACAAUGCAUCUCUUUGUAGAGAAGAUCUGCAGGAGGAAAGAAAAAAUGGAGAGAGUUCUUCAGAAAAAAAAGCAGGGGAAGUGAACAAGGUGAAUCCUUCCCCCUCCCUACGUUACUCUGUUCCUACCAGGCACAAAGAGGAUAAGUCCUCCUCCCAGGUGGAGCUGGGCUAUGGGAACAAGGACAGUAGCAGGGAUCCCCUGAGCCAUUUUGUGUGGGUCAGCCUAGGAGGUGAACCUGCAGAGAGCACAGAGGAGACCCCCGCAGGUGGGGAUGCUUCUGUGCUGUCAACCAGCAUCAAGCCAAAAAUGGCCAGUGACUCCUCCACAUGUGACCAGCUGAGGAAACCUGCCGUGGUGGCAAAAAGGUCUGUCCAAGUGCCUGAAGUGGACACUCAAGCAGAAACAAGUGAUGACACUGAGUUUGAUUUCAUCAGUGUUGGAGAUUUAGUGAACCAUUAUCCUACAGCAUCUGUCCCAGAGCAUCAGUCAGCUCCCCCUGCACCAACAGCUUUGCCCUCAGGGGGGAAGAUCUCCAAGACUGAGCAUUUUGACUGUGCCACUACUGAAGAAGAUGAAGAAAAGGCUCAGGACGUGGUGAGCAGCAAGAGACAAUCCAGUUCAUCUCUGAGCUCAUGGUGUAGAUCAGCACAGAUGCCCAAGAACUCCCCUGAAGGUCUGUUUCUGAACCCAGGGGGAAGGGGCCUUAUCUUCACGCCUGGGAGAACGGAGGAGGAAACCCUUGAUGCUCGAUUUCUGAGGGAUGAGGAUUAUGUGCAGCUUCUUGCAGGGGUAGAACAUAAUUGGCUCGUCCAGAGACUGAGGCCUACUGGAAUUUUUAAGUCUAAACAGCUUCUUCGUAAAACAUACUCUGCUCUUCUUCUGAAAUACUCCAAGAAAUCAGGGCUCUGGACAGGCCAGGAGACAGCUGUGUUCAUUGGGGGCUACCUGAAUGUGGCAAAGGAAGGCAAACAGAGAAACGCAUUUUGGAUACACUUCCUGCACCAAGAGGAAAGCCUGGGAAGGUAUGUUGGGAAGGAAUAUAAAGAAGAAAAAGGACUUCUCCAUCAUUUCAGUGACGUGGAACGGCAAAUGACUGCCCAGUACUACGUAACAGAAUUCAACAAAAGGCUGUACGAGCAAAAGCUCCCUACCCAAAUCUUUUAUAUCCCAUCUGCAGUGCUCCUGAUCCUGGAGGACAGAACCAUAAAAGGAUGCGUAAGCGUGGAGCCCUACAUCCUCGGGGAGUUUGUGAAGCUGUCCAACAACACUAAGGUAGUAAAGAAUGAGUACAAAGCCACAGAGUAUGGCCUGGCCUACGGCCAUUUCUCCUACGAGUUCUCCGGUGGAACAGAUGUUGUCGUUGAUCUGCAAGGUUGGGUGACGGGUAACGGGAAAGGCCUCAUCUACCUCACAGACCCCCAGAUUCAUUCUCUUAAUAGCAAAGAUGAUUCCCGCUCCAACUUUGGGAAGAAAGGAAUUUAUUACUUCUUUAACCAUCAACACGUGGAGUGCAAUGAAAUCUGUCGCUGCCUUUCCUUAACAAGACCUUCAGCAGAGCUGCCAAUGUAG